UGGCGGCGUGAUUCUUCUCACAGCGCAGCAGUUCGGAGUCGCGGUUGGAGGGAGUUGUGGUCCUAGCGCGACGCGGUGACACCCCCCCCCCGGCUGAUUCAGCCACCAUGCCGCGCUCUUUCCUUGUCAGGAAGCCCGCUUGCUCCCGCCGGAGACCCAACUACAGCGAACUGCAUGACUCGUCCCUAGAGUUCACCUUUCAGCAGCCCUAUGACCAGGCCCACCUGCUGGCAGCAAUCCCUCCACCCGAGGUCCUAAACCCCACAGCCUCACUGCCCACGCUCAUCUGGGACUCUCUUCUGGUGCCCCAAGUCCAGCCUAGUGGCUGGGCCUCCCUGCGGCCCCAGGAGGGCCCGAAGGCCACUGAGCUGACCUCCCUGUCCGAUGAGGACAGCGGGAAGGGCUCCCAGCCCCCUAGCCCUCCCUCGCCGGCUUCUUCGUCCUUCUCUUCUGGCUCUGCCUCUUCCCUGGAGGCCGAGGCCUAUGCUCCCUUCCCCGGCUUGGGCCAAGUGCCCAAGCAGCUGGCCGUGCUCUCCGUGGCCAAGGACCCUCAGUCUCGCAAGGCCUUCAGCUGCAAGUACUGUGACAAGGAAUAUGUCAGCCUGGGUGCCCUCAAGAUGCACAUCCGCAGCCACACACUGCCCUGCGUGUGUGAUACCUGCGGGAAGGCUUUCUCCAGGCCCUGGCUGCUGCAGGGCCACGUCCGGACACACACAGGUGAGAAGCCUUUCUCUUGCUCCCACUGCAGCCGCGCCUUUGCUGACCGCUCCAACCUGCGUGCGCACCUGCAGACCCACUCAGCCGUCAAGAAGUACCAAUGCAAGACGUGUUCCCGGACCUUCUCCCGCAUGUCCCUGCUCCACAAGCACGAAGAAUCGGGCUGCUCAGGGGGCCCCCGGGGACCCUAGAGGCUCCUUGCCUUUCUGGGCACCCCUUCAGCGGCCUCCCCCAACUCCAGCAGGAAGGACCCCUACAACCUUCUCACAGCUACAGAAUUCCCCGCUCAGUGCCCCAUUCUGGCAGCACUGGCCCCACCCUGAUGAGGACCCUUGUCCAGCGAUUGUCAGCUCUGCUCUGGCAGCCUCGGUGAGCUCGGAAAGAGGCCCUUCUAUGGAUGUUUCAGCUGACGGAAGGACAGCUUAUGGCAGAAGCAGCCCCUGCUCCAGAGCAUACCUGAGAUGACAGCCUUUCUGGGUGGGUUUGUGUAUCCAGAGCUGUCUGGAUACAGGCCCUUUGAGCUACAGGACAGAAGCAGCGAACAGACUAGGAAAUUGCCCACCCCACUCAGGGGACCCCACUCCUUCCCUCCUACCCAGGAACCCUCAGGCCACCUCUCCGUGAGAUGUGGCAAACUGCAGUAACCCACCCCAGGUGCAUCCAUGGGGGCUCUGGGGGUGGUCGCAGGACACGAGGACAUGUCUAGACCCCGAAAUGCCCCCAGGCCUGGGCAGCUAUUUCAGCCUCCUGUUUGUCAUGGUGGCACCUGUUUCACGCGCAAUUUAACAACUUCUCAAAAGGGACUGUGAGUAAUUGCCGUCACUUGUUGGGGGCCCAAGCAGGGUGCUUCGGCCUGACCAAUAUGUCUCCCAGAACUAUUUUGGGGGCCCGACAGGUGGGCCUGGAAGGAAGAUG